ACGCUCGAGUUCAGUUCGCGGGAAGAUUCAACAGAAGCACACGAUUAGCCGCCCUGUUGUUUCCUUAAACUUUUGGAACGAGAACAAGAAUAUUCUCCCACCGGCGCAGGGAUGCUUUUUCGCUCUAUAGUCGAUAGACGGCUGGGACGACGGAGAGAUAAUGUUCUCUCCGCGGACUGCGGGCCAAGAUACCCUCUGAGCUCUCUACUGCCUGGCUACAAGUGUGUUCGACAUGAUGAGCACAUCUCCUAUGGCAGUCUGGGAAUUCCUGUGCCUCCAUUUGGGUUGGCCUUCUCCUCAGUAGGUAAUAUGAAGGAUAUUAUAGCAGUGGCGAACGAGGAGGGUGCUGUCAUGGUCUACAACACAGAGAGAUGCAAAACACCACUUUUAAAAGAAUGGUCUGCACAUGAAAAUGCUGUUUUUGACGUAGCGUGGGUACCUGGAGAACCUCAAUUGGUGACCGCUGCAGGAGAUCAGAUGGCUCAUCUGUGGGACGUGAAGUCUGGAGAGAUGUUGGGCAAGUUCAAAGGUCACCACUGCAGCCUCAAGACUGUUGCUUUCAGUCCAGAAGAGAAAGCUGUGUUCUGCACCGGUGCUCGGGAUGGAAACAUUAUGGUGUGGGACACCCGAUGCAGUAAGAAAGACGGGUUCUACAGACAAGUGAAGCAGGUCAGCAGUGCUCACAACAAGGCAGAGACCAACCAACCCUCUAAAACAAAGAAACGACGGCCCAGCAUGCGUGGAAUGGCUCCCAGUGUGGACUCCCAGCAGAGUGUCACUGUGGUUUUGUUCCGAGAUCAACACACUCUCAUCUCCUCUGGAGCUGUUGAUGGAGUGGUCAAGAUGUGGGAUUUGAGGAAGAACUACACAGCACACAAUCAUGAUCCCGUCGCUCUGCAGACCUUCCCAUAUCCAGGUUCCUCUAUGCGCACACGACUCGGUUAUUCUGGGUUAGUUCUAGACUCCACCCGAUCCAACGUCAUGUGCAACUGUACAGACGACAACAUCUAUAUGUUCAACGUCAGCGGAAUCAAAACAACGCCAGAGGCUGUUUUCAGUGGCCAUCUGAACUCUUCCUUCUACGUCAAGUCCAGCAUCAGCCCAGACGACCAGUUCCUGGCCAGCGGGUCCAGUGACAAUAACAUGUACAUCUGGAAGAUCUCUGACCCAAAGCAACCCCCAAUGACUCUUCAAGGUCAUAAUGAGGAAGUGACUUGUGUUGCAUGGUGCCCAACAGAUUUCACCAAGAUUGCUUCCUGUUCGGAUGACCAGACUGUCAGAAUCUGGAGGCUUCAUCGUGACAUGGACGGAGCAGAGUCGUCGAUAGGGGAAGCUAAUCUUGUCGGCUGGGCGCGUCCUGUAAUGAUCACAAAGCCUUCCAGAAGGGAGGAGAAGACCCCACCCAAGGAGAGAAGGACAGAUGUUCAGAGAGGACUGGUGUCCCCCCAGGUGGCUGUCUGUGCCCCCAGUGGAGCUGCCCUGCCACUCCCCUCUUCCACUCUUUCUCCUGCACCUUCCAGAGAUGCCAAAGCAGCUUCUGUCCGCCAGAGAACGCCGUGUUCAAUAAAAACCUGGUUAUCACCGAGCCAUGGUUCUCCGAUCCAUCUCAGCCCACCUCUGAGAAAGGUCCUGAGUCCAUGUCCUCAGAGCCCUGUAACUGGCACCCCUCACCUGGAAAGACGGGUGAAGCGCAGACUGGAAACAGACAGUGGUUCAGCUAACAGUUGCACAGGCACCGAGCAAUGCGGUUGUGUUCAGGAACUGAACCCCGCUACCAAGAAGAGCAGAGUGCUCCCCAGUGUCUGCUGCCAUUCUCAGGAGAGUCACUCGGAGGACACGCAAGACUCGUCGAGUCAGUCCGGUAAAGAGAACUGCUCGCCCAGAGUGACGGACUGGCUGUCAGUGAUGGGACAAAAGAUGAGGGGUACAGGUCUACCCAGAAGCCCUAGGACAUCCAAAAAGCAAGACGGCAAGACACCAUCUUCACCGACCAUCCGAUCUCCACAAAGCAUGAAGAAGAUUUCCACCUAUUUCUCCAGAAGACCAACAGAGUGACCGAACUUUUGUUCUGAUUCACAAGUUCUCCUCACAGGAUUUCUAUGUGUCAGAUCUCUGAAUGAGAAAACAGUUUUCUGUCAUGAAAGACUGUUAAAUGACAUACAAAUUUGAAAGAUUAUCAGCUUUAAUGAAUGUUUAUGUCAACAUUGCCACAGUUUUCACGACAUCCUUGUUCAAAUGUAAAAAGCAAAAGUGGUUGAUAUAUCUCCCUUCUAUUGUUCAUAUGUACAAAAAUACUAAUUGUCUUGGUGUGUGGUUUUA